UAAGCGCUCACAAUGAUCAAAAUGCUCCUUUAGUCGUUCCACAUAACGACCGCGGUCGUUGUGGUCGCGGCGGAAACGUCAUUACUAACGCUCACGCGAAGCUCACAACGACCCAUCUGAAAACGUGGGUCGUAGUGAGCGUUGAGAAAAUUAACGGUUUUUUCGAAACUGACUACAAUAAAAAUGGCGACCGUGAAACUGACAUGAAGGAUUACAGAUUAAAUCUUAACCUCUUUAAUCUUUUACUUUCUUUUCACUACCUCGCCAUUUGUAUUAUUACCUCACGCUCAAAACGCACCAUAGUCCAUUCCACUUGAAUUUACGACAGUAACGCUCGUAGGUAAGUGGAACGGGAAAAACUGUGGUCGUGAGCGUGAUCGUGUGAGCGCUUAGUGGAACGCACCCAUAGUAUACACACACACACACACGUACUAAAAUCUGAACCCUCGAACACCAUCGCCGCCCUUGUGGAGAAUUAUCGUACCCGAUGUAUCCUCAUUUUCAACGUCACAAAUUCGACGAGAACGCCUAUCUCGAUUGUCCUCCUUGUAUAGAGCUUCGUUGGAUGAAGAAAGAGAAAGAGAGACAUUGAUAAGUAAAUGAAUAUGUGUAGGCAUACCACACGCUAUAUAUACGACAUAUAUGUGCGUAUGCUAGGUUAUAAAGCAAGAAUCAUCAGCCAAUCAGAAGAGUAAAGGGGGAAAAGAGGCUGCAGCGCUUCAUAAGCUAUUUCUGUCACGUAGCGUAUACAUUUAUUUUCUUGCGUACUUAUGUAUAUCGAGUUAAAUUUCGUUUCUAAGCAAUAAUAUUCCUAUCAAAAAGUGACACAUUACGUAUAUAUAUAUAUAUAUCUCUAAAGUAUACGAAUAGAUUUUUUGUUGUGAGAAUAUACAGUGAUUAUAUUUCAGGGUGAUCGUGAUUAUUUGAUCACUCAGUGACAACAAUGUCCGUGAUUAUGGAUUGUUUUCAACAAUAGCGGACGUAUGAAGUUUUAUCUCUGUUUCUUUAAAGCAAUUUCGCGAAUACCAUUUGACUCUACCUCGAUUUACACUUUUUUUUCAUUCACCUUCGCGUUUAUACGCUUUAUUAAAUAAAAUAAAACGCAAAAGAUAAUUUCCCCUCUGAGACAAUCAAUUGGCGUCUACAACUAACCGUCUUUAACGUACUUUUUCAAUACAAUACUUUUAACGUACUUUUUCAAUACAAUACUUUUACCCUUGAAAAAAAAGCUUAAUCCUUAAUCAAAAUCUAUAAGAGCAACGUAAGUCCAGUCUUUCAUCAGUGAUUUGUGAUGUACAAGUUCAGUGCUGAAAGAAAAAUUAUUACUUCUACAAUUAAUUUCGUACAUUCAAAAAGGAAAGGAAUUUUCAUACACCUGAGAAAUAUGAACAGAAACUCAAUAAGUCUUCGAAAUCAUAGAAGUUUUUUGACAUUUCGUUUAUAUUGAAUUACUUGAUUGAGUUAUUGAAAAGUAAAUCAAGUUUGAUAUAAUAGAAAAUUCAUCACGUUAGAUGAAGCAACACGAAUGAUCUAACAUCGUUUUGUGUUGAGGAAUGCACAAUAAGUCUCUAGUACAAAAUCACUGUUUUUAUAUAACGUAAAGAAAACCAGUGUUGUCAUAAUGAAAUUGCUAGAGAGUACACGAUUUGAAGCUAUAAACAGUGCCUUGUUUAUUAAGACCGGAGAUAGCAAGAUAAUUGGAAGGAUUGAAAGUUAUUCUUGUAAGAUGACAGGAAAUGAUAAACAACUGUACAAACGUUUCAAUGCAGAGCAAGGAGUCACACCACACGACCUUCAAGCUUUAUCACCACCGCAAACAUCUUUAGGAACAUCACCCGCUCAAAGAUAUUUUAGUCAUAGUGUUUCUGGUGACGAAGAUGGACCUUUAUGUGAUACAAUAAGCAGAAAAACAUUAUUCUAUCUGAUUGCAACCUUAAACUCAGCUUUUCAUCCUGAUUAUGAUUUCUCUGAUGCCAGAAGCCAUGAAUUUAGUAAAGAGCCAAGCUUACAGUGGGUAAUGAAUGCAGUUGAUAGCAAUCUUAGCGCAACUGCUGGGGAUCAUUAUCGUACUUUACGUUCCGCUCUUUGGGGUGCUAUUGGUGAUGAAAUAUCAUUGACCGAAUGUGAUAUUUACAGCUAUAAUCCAGACUUUGCAUCAGAUCCAUUUGGAGAAGAUGGAUGCCUGUGGUCUUUUAAUUAUUUCUUUUACAAUAAAAAAUUGAAACGUAUUGUCUUUUUCACGUGCAGAGCAAUUAACCCCCUUUAUACAUUAGAUUACGGGAUAAGUAGUGACUUUGUGAUGGACGAAGAAGACGAAGAUCGUUACUAGAUCUUUUAUAUAUGAUCACACACACAAUUUACAACUGUUUAAACUUAGAUUAUCAUAACCUGUUGCCUUUAGAAUAUUGAGAAAGCACCGUGGAACGGAUUUCAUGAUGAACAUAAGAAUAAUGAGCAAAGCUUGUGGUAGGGAUAUUAGAAAUGAACUAGCAUGUGCAAUACCGCGCUCUGUUCGCUCCACUUGCUCCCAGAGCGCGCCAUAAAACUUUCAAAUAAUACAUACUAGUACUUUUUUAUUUGCAUUUAUAAAUUCUUAAAUAUUACUAAUAUUCAUUGAUUAUUUUGAUCAAACUACUUUUAAUCCGUCGAGUUAUCGACACACACGCGUAUAAGAAAGCAUUAAAAAGAAAUAUUUUAAGGUAAAUAAAGUGCUCAUAUUUAAUGUUUUAUUUAAAAAAAAUAAACGCAUAAAAGCUGCACGGUAUUGCACCAUUGCCUUUUACAUGAACGAUCACAAGAGCUCUACUCGUCCCAUCGCGGUUUUUGAUUCUUGCAAAUUAAACUAUAAGGCAAAAGGUUAAUUUCAUCUAUUUUUUGUAUGUACAACUUUUUACAUUCACUCUAUAAUUUAAGAAAUAUGCAUACAUAUCUAUAAUUUUGAUUUGGCUUUACAUGUCAUAUAUUAUAUUUAUUUAGUAAUUUUUUUUUAAUUCGAACAAGUAUGUGUAAGACAUUGACAAUGUACAUAUCUAUAAUCUAUUGUACAUGCAAUAAUUAAUUAUUUUCUUUUCUUUUCUGUUUAAUGUUAUAAAUAUUAAUCGCGACCUCUUUGGUAGUAUUAAAUAAGUUUGAGAAGGUGUUGAUAGAAAAGUGACCCGAACCUAUAAAAGGUAGAGAAAAAAAGACAAGAAGACAAAUAUUAACAAAACGUAGUUUAUUUUGUAGACGAGAAUCUUUAUCUUUCAUAUUAGGAAAUGUAUUAGAUUAUUUUGGGUGAAAAACUAUUUUAUUUUAUUAUUCAGUGUGAUGCGUUAUAUCUUAUAGAUUUAUUAGAUCUUAUAACAUCAAAUGUUGUGAUCACUGAUUAAUUCUAUUAUGCGAAAUAUGCUGUAAUAAUUGUUACUAAGCUUUCUGAAUGUGCAAUAUCUCAAUAUAGUGCACUUUUAUUUAAAAAUAAAUAGCUGAAUUAGAUUUUAUUUAAUAGAACCUACGAGAUAAAGAACAAAUUACUUAAAAUCAUAUUUGAAUGUAUAUAUACGAUAAAAAAAUAUCAAAAUUUGAUGCAAAGUUUGAAAUCAGUAGUUCACAAUAUCCUUCUUAGUAAGAACUUUCAUAUCUAUACUUUAUUAAGCAAACGAUAGUUAAUUUACGAAAUAAUUGAUGUCAAGUAACCAUUUUAUCAUUAUAUUUUACUUAUAACUACAUAUCAAUAUUACACAUAUUACAUAUUCCGUAAUGAUGUAUUACAUUUGGGCAACGUUACUUUUAUAGUGUAGUCAUUAAAUUUGAUAUUAGGUAGACUAAUAAAUGCCGUGAAAAAAAAAAAA